AGGACCAUAAGAUCGAAAGAAUUUGGAUGAUCUAUAUUAUUAUCACUGGUCCAUUGCGCCUAGUUGAUUACGCUUUCACAUCAUUAAAUUUUAAACUAUAUCUCUUUGUAAUAUUCAAAGCCAUUUAAUCAGUAUAAGUAAUAUCUCAAUAUAUAUAUACCAUAAAGCAAUACUAUUUUAAUCAUCACCAACUAAUUAAGUUAUGCUAAUAAAUGGAGCAAAUAUAUGAUUAUAGAUUGAGAUACUCUAAUCAAAGUCCCAUCAGCAACUUUGAAGGAAAGAAUCGAAUAAUUCCAUAAGGAAAAGCUUAAAUAUCGUAAACUAUUUUUUAGCAAAGGCAUAUGAUUAAAUGGGAAAUCAAAAUAAACUAUUACAUUUUAGUUAGCAACACUUAAUGAAGAACUUUUGUAUUCAUUUAAUUGUUAAAAUUUAACCUUAGAAGGCGCAAGUCACAUGCAGCUUCCUCCUAACUCGUCCUUUAUAUAAACUCACUCACACCACCUCUAUCUCCACAACACAUUCCAAACACAUCUCAUUCUUAAUCAACAAACAUAUAACUUACUCAGCUUCACUACCAAUCCUUUUGAAUUCGAUCAAAACACCUUGAAACCUACCUAAACCUUAUUCGGUUUUCACUACAUAUACUAUCGGUUCCAUCAAACUCAACCCUAGAAUGGAGAACAUGUUUAGGCUCAUGGGAAGUGAAGAUUUCUCUGACAGACAACGGUGCAUUUGGGUUAACGGUCCAGUUAUCGUUGGAGCGGGCCCAUCGGGGCUAGCCACAGCUGCUUGUCUCCGCGAGGAAGGUGUUCCCUUUGUGGUAUUGGAGAGAGAAGAAUGCAUAGCUUCACUGUGGCAGAAAAGAACCUACGACAGACUCAAACUUCAUUUACCCAAGAAAGUUUGUCAAUUACCCAAAAUGCCCUUCCCAGAAAACUACCCCGAUUAUCCGACAAAACGGCAGUUCAUCGAUUACCUUGAGUCCUACGCUACCCGAUUCGACAUUAGCCCUCAAUUCAACGAGUGUGUUCAGUCCGCCCGUUACGAAAAGACCAGUGGUCUCUGGCGUAUUAAGACGGUGAAGUCUUCUCCUUCCUCGGCCGUUUCCGGGUCAGAGAUGGAAUAUAUCUGCCGGUGGCUAGUGGUGGCGACGGGAGAAAACGCGGAGAGAGUUGUUCCCGAGAUAGAUGGGCUGACGACGGAGUUCAACGGAGAGGUGAUACACUCUUGUGAGUAUAAAUCUGGGGAGAAAUACAGAGGAAAAAGUGUUCUUGUCGUCGGAUGUGGAAACUCCGGCAUGGAAGUUUCUCUUGAUCUCGCAAAUCACGGUGCUAACCCCUCCAUGGUUGUUCGUAGCUCGGUUCAUGUCUUACCUAGGGAGAUUCUAGGCAAAUCGACUUUCGAAAUCUCAAUGAUACUGAUGAAGUGGCUACCUCUAUGGCUAGUGGACAAGAUUCUGUUGAUCCUCGCAUGGCUGGUUUUGGGAAACUUGACAAAGAAUGGGCUAAAGAGGCCCAAAAUGGGUCCAAUGGAGCUCAAGGUCCUCACAGGGAAGACUCCAGUGCUUGAUAUCGGAGCUAUGGAGAAAAUAAAAUCCGGCCAGGUAGAUAUCGUCCCUGGAAUCAAAAGGUUCUCUCGUAGCCACGUGGAGCUCGUUGAUGGUCAGAUAUUAGAUCUUGACGCUGUUGUUCUAGCCACGGGAUACCGCAGUAACGUUCCUUCUUGGCUUCAGGUGAGAAACAAAACAAAACAACUUCAAUCUAAUAGUUUCGGUAGUUUAUUGCAUAACAAGUCAACUGAAUCUAUUCUUUUUGUCCUUCAGGAAAAUGACCUAUUUUCCAAGAACGGGUUUCCUAAAUCGCCGUUUCCAAACGCAUGGAAAGGUAAAUCGGGACUUUACGCGGCUGGAUUCACGAGGAAAGGAUUGGCCGGAGCAUCAGCAGACGCUAUUAGCAUCGCUUAAGACAUUGGUAACGUGUGGAGAGAAGAGACCAAACGACGGAAAAUGAGAACACGAGUGGGUCACCGCAGAUGCAUCUCAGUUGCUUAGAGGUCAAGUUAGAGUUAUUUCAUACAUUUAUUAUAUUAUUUUAAAACGGUUCGGGACAAAAAGUUAAAACAGUGUUUAUUUAUUAAUUCAUUUUUUUGUAAAGAAAAGAAGAAGAAAGUAUACAGAUAAAAAGAUAGGGAAUAAACAGUGUGUAAAAGAGAGCCCUGUCCUCAAGACCCAACGGUGUUGUUUUUGAUGGCUGUCUGGGAAUUUGUAUUAACUUGGAUGAUGUGGUGUUUCUCUUUAAUUAUUUUAUUUUUAUGAUUUUUUUAUUUUA